UCACUUGCCGUUCGCAACGCUCACGAAAUCAUUUUAUCCUUGUUGUUUAUCGAAAGUUAAACAAAAAAGAUACGAUAGGUAACGCUCGCACGAGCGUUGCAAACGGCAAUUGGAACUUAUUUUCACCAUUUUCACCCUCGGUAAAUAUACCGCAGUCAAAAAAAAAAAGCGGUUAAUUCGCCAAAAUGUGAGAAUCAUCAGAUAUAUAACCACAGUAUUGUUUAUAUAUUAAAUACUGUAUAUAUUCAGCGUCAAUGUCAUAUUUUUACGUAUGUACCUUUGCACGUGAAAAAAGUUUAUUAGUCGUAACCCCACAAGCAAACUUAACCAAUCACGAAGCGUGCGAGUUCGAUAGGGAAACACGUGUAUCCAACGAUCAGCUGUCAACUACUACUGACAGUAAGCUGCUAAUAAUUCUAAAUGAGUACGAAUGAAGACAACGAGAAAUAAGACCGAAAAAUGUACGAACAAGCCGCAAGUAACUGGGCCAUUGGUCUGUACUCUCUGUUUGAUCCAACGAAUUUUUUGCCUUUUCUUCCGAAUUUAUGGAACAAACAAGCUAUCAGCUCGCGAUAUCCAAACGUCGCGAACACCAAAGUACGAAAGACCGAUGUUCUCGUCGGAUAUCUCGUUCUACUCUGGGUGAUACUGUAUUUAAUCUACAAGAAGUGUCUUAACUUACUGUUCAGGCGUAUGCGCUUUCCACUAAUACAACGAAAUAGAAUAAUCUGGGCAACAUGGAACUGCGGUGUUUGUUUUGGAAGUAUUUGUUACAUGAGGUUGUCAGCUAUUCAAAUUCAGAGUUUUGCAAUCCACGAGCAGCAAAUAACAUACCUUGAAAUGGGAAUUGCGCUUUACAAGAGCUUUUACUUUUAUCAAGCAGGAAUUGACAUUCUCUAUCAUGGUUCUUGGCUGAAGGGUUUUGCAAACUUACUCUUUGCAUCAUUUAUUCUGAAUCCAUAUCACCAGAAAUGGUGUACAAUUACAAGUACUUUUUUAAUUUAUAAAACUAUUGACAGUAUAAUAAUUAAUGUCUGUCGGAUUCUGUUGUGCAGUUUUCAAACUAUGAGAUCAGCCUGCAAGCUGUUGUUCCUAUUACACUGUCUAACUUGGGCAUAUUUAUACUUCUAUUAUGUGCCUCAAUACAUGCUUUGGUCAGAAGAAGUAAAUUAUGCACAAGUAGAACCUGGCUUAUGGCUAUGGUUUGCGGCAGAAUGCUUAGAUUCGGUAUGGCUAAAACUUGUUAAACAUGCGAAAGCCACUCAUUGGCUUGAAAUUUGUCUUUUUCCACCUCCAACACAGGAAGCAAUUGAGUUAGCAGGCAUUCACAAAAGACAUAAAGAAUCUCUGAAAAAAUAUAAUGAUAGUUUGUCAAAGAAAGUUGAAUUAUGGCAGACACUAGUUUGCGCGAUGGCAAUCAAAAAGAAGAUUAGAAGGCUUCGUGAAGCUAAAAACAACAAAUUCAUCGAAGAAAAAGAAGAAGCAAAAUUCGAACAUAUGUAAAGGAUCAACAAAUUAACGAAUUUAUACAAAAAUACUCUCAAAAAUUAGCAUUUAAACACUUACAGGAAAGGAUGUAUAGAAGAAGCUUGUAGAAAAAUUUAUAUUAUAAAUAUACAUUUUUUAUAUAAUGUA